AACUCAUCCACUCAUCAUCACAUAUCUAUAUAAUGAGGUCUUUCUUUCUCUCAAGUCAUCCAUUGCAGCUCUCAAGAACAAAAGAAAAAAAUCAGAGAAUUCCAGAUCCUUCUUCUUCUCUACAAUCACUCAACUGAUACUCCAGCAAGACUUCCGAAUAUAAUCGAUAAUGAUCUCCGUUGUAAUCAUCACUGGUCUACUAGUGGAGUACACAGCAGCUCUCGCAAAACUCACCGCAGGGAUUCUUCCGAGACGGCAAGGAGACAGCAACGUAGUACGAGUUGGUGGUUUCAUCUUGCCUUGUCCUUCUCCGUCCAGUACUAAUCGGUCGUCGCCGAUACCAGACUUUUCUUCUCAUCUUGUAGAUUUCUGAUCUGUGAUGACUUUUAGAGAUUUUUAUUUUGGAUUUUGUCAUCUUUUUUAAAUCUCUUCUAUAAGAGUGACGGCGGAGAUUUUUCCCUCGAGUGUCUCUAUGCCCUCUCUUCCUCUUUGUAAAUCUAUAUCGAAAUAUAAUAGAGAUUUUAUAUGAUUUUGAUGA